AUGGCUUCUGCCCUCAACAGCAAGAUCCACGCGCCCGGGACUUGCCCGGGCUCCAAAGCCGAUGCCCGCGGCGGCGCGGACUGGAGAACCGACUGCGAUCCCGAGAUGCACGUGAAAAUGUGCAAGAAGAUCGCCCAGCUCACCAAGGUGAUUUAUGCACUGAACACCCGCCAGGACGAGGCCGAGGCCAGCAUGGAGGCCCUGAGGGAGGCCCACCAGGAGGAGCUCCAGAUGGCCGUGGCAGAGACCCAGGCCCGGCUCCUGCAGGAACAGGGCCGUGCAGAUGAGGAGGCCCUGCGGGAGCGCAUCCAGGCCCUGGAGAGCGCCUUGGAGCUGCAGAAGAGGCUCACCCAGGAGGCACUCGCCCAGUCAGCCUCAUGCAGGCUGGAGACCAAAGAAAGGGAGCUGAGGGUGGAGGCCGAGCAUGCGGAGCGGGUUUUGACCCUCUCCAAGGAGAUGCUGGAGCUCAAAGCCGACUACGAGAAGAGGCUCCGCCACCUGACUAGCCAUGAGGCGCCCCAGUGGGGCCGGCUCUCCCAGGAGAGCCCUGAUCCAAAGGGAGAGCCGGGCCGCGGCCCCGAGAUGCGGGAGGUCCUGCUGGAGGUGGAGCGACUGCGGGCCGAGAACCAGCAGCUGAGCAAGGACUACGCCAGGAAGGCCGAGGAGCUGCAGGCCAACUACGAGAGGGAGAACGAGGCCAUCCGGCAGGCCAUGCAGCGGUCUGUGAGCGAGGCCCUGUGGCAGUGGCAGGAGAAGGAGACCGACCUCCGCAAGAACUUCCAGGUGCAGGAGUCGGCCCUGCAGGCCCAGGUCAGGAAGCUGGAAGGUGACCUGGAGCACAGAGGGCGCAAGAUAAGUGACCUGAAAAAGUACGCCCAGAAGCUGAAGGAAAGAAUUCAGGACCUGGAUGUGCAACUCAAGGAGGCUCGGCAGGAGAACUCGGAGUUGAAAAGCACUGCCAAAAAACUUGGGGAGAAGCUGGCAGUGGCCAAGGACAGACUGAUGCUGCAGGAGUGUCACGUAAUGCAGAAAACUGAUAACAUGAAGACGGAGCUCAUUUCCGAGAAUAAAGUCCUGGGAGAAGGAAAUGACUUGGAAGCUGGUAGUCUUCAUCCUCAGCAGGAUCAGACCUUUCCCAAGGAGUGUCCAUGCAUGAAAGGAGGCACAGAAACACAGACCCAAAAAGAGGCAAGUGUCGAGAAGGAAUAUAUGAAGCAACAAUAUGAAGAAGAUCUUCGCAAAAUCAAAAUCCAGACAGAGGAGGAGAAGAAACAUCUCAAAGAGCAGCUAGUGAAGCGCCUGGAAGACUUGGUCAAGAAACACACGGUGGAAAUGAAAUCGGUUCGCUCCUCGGUAGAGGCUGAAAGGAAAAAGCUGCAGAAGGAGGUGGAAGCACAGUUGGAGGAAGUGAAGAAGAAAUCAGAAAAUGAAAUAAAACAGCUGGAAGAAGAGAAAUCAGCCCUAAAUGUGAAACUUCAGAAUUCUCUGCUUGAGGUUUUAAGGCUGGAAGAAUUUAUCCAGCAAAAUAAGGCACACUCCCCAGGAGGCAAGGAAAGACCCCAGGAACCAGACCGCCAAUGCUGCAGUGUGUUAGAGACCCAGGAUCCAUGCAUGAAGCUGCGUAAACCUUCUGAGACCUUAGCCCGAGAAGAAUGCCAAGAGAAGGUGGCCGCGGAAGGAGCCAGCAGUGACGAGGAGGAGAGGAGCCAAGAGCCCCUCCAGGAGGGUGGUGAACGGCCACCUGCACAGGGCUCUGUGCUGGAGGAGAAGACACCAGAAAGCCAGUGUCUGCAGGAGGAAUGGCAGAGCCAGAAAGCCCGACUGCAAGCCCAGGUCUCGCAGAUGCAGCAGGCCCUGGAGCAGUGCGCCAGCCACUACCAGAAGGAUCUGCAGGAGCUCAGGGAGCUCUCAGAGCAGGAGAGGGAGACGCUGAGGUGCGAGCUCCAGGAGACCGUUCAGCAGAACCAGGCGGCCAAGGUGCAGCUGGAGGCCUCCCACCAGCGAGCCCUGCACCUGCUCGAGAAGGCCCAGCAGCAGGAGCUCAGGGCCACAGAGGAACGCUUGAAGAAGGAAUCCAGCCUCAGCCUGCAGAUGCAGCACCAGGCGCAUCAGCGGCAGCUCCAGGCCCUGGAGGAAAAGGCCCAGCAAGAGCUGCAGGGGGAGCUGGAGAGGAUGCAAGCUCAGCAGGCUCUGCUGCUCGAGUCCCUCCAGAAGGAGCUGUCAGAGCAGCGGGCAGCCUGCAGUGAGCACCAGAAAGACUUGGAGGCGCUGAGAGCUCUGGGCAGCUUGGGCAGGCGGCAGGCCACUGCCCCGUGUCCAGGGGACAGGGAGGACCACGCCAUCACCGCAGAGGAUGGGGACGGCCCGGGCCAGGCGGGGUCCCCGAUGAGCGCGGCUGAGCAGGGGCGCAGCGAGGGCGGCGGCCUCGGGGAGGAGAACACGCAGCUCAAGGACGCGGUGCAGCGCCUGCGGGCGGAGCUGGACGCGCUGCAGCAGGGCGCGCUGCCGCCCGGCGACCCGCGCAGGCCGCUGGAGGAGGACCAGCGGGCCCGGGAAGUGGAGCUGCUGCGUCAGGAGCACCGGAAGGAGAUGCAGGCCAUGGUGGCAGAUUUCAGCACCGCUCAAGCCCGCCUCCAGGCCCGGCUGGCCGCCCUGGAAACCGAACUGAAAGAUUCCGGGGACAAGCCAGGGAGGGCGGUGUCCCGGCCGGAGGACGUGCAGCUCAUAGGCCGCCUGCAGACCCUCUUGAAGGAGAGAGAGGAGAUCAUCAAGCAGCUCACGGAGGAGAGGAGACUUCACUGUGCAGCCUUCCCCGGCGCCGUGUCCCACCGGAAUCGCUCCUUCUCUUUCAAUCCUCACCCGGGGUACCUGACCCCCUCCAUGAAGAAAAAGAAGAUGGAGGAGGUGCCCAGCCGGGUGGUGAGUGUGCCAAACCUGGCCUCCUAUGCCAAGAACUUCCUGAGCGGUGACCUGAGCACAAGGAUCAACGCUCCCCCCAUAACCAAGUCACCCAGCCUGGACCCAGGCCCCAGCUGUGGCCGGCCGUACAAGCCCAGCCAGUCUCUCGAUGUGAGAGCUGCCACAAGGCCACAAGAUGGUGAAACAGCCCAAUCUAAAGAAGGCCAGCAGAAACAGGGCUCGGCCCCUCAGGAGUGGUUCACCAAGUACUUUUCCUUCUAAACUCAACCUUGGGAUACUUGUCCAAGAGGACAUUUGAAGGAAAUUUCUUCGAAAGCAUCUGAUUGAGGGAAUGGACAUAAAACACCAAUCAACCAAAUAACUUGCUUGUAGUGUGAUUCAUAUGUGAUGGCUAAAACAAGUUUCUGGUGCUAACAUUUCAUACUCUUUCAUCGUGACAGAGUUCCUUAAGGAAAAUUCUUGACAUUAAGAUAAGCCAGUGUUACCUGAAAGCACCCAUGGGGAAGUGGUCAUGUCACUGGGGGCCGAUGCAUUGUAUUUCUAGUGUCUGUAAGGCUGUGUCCACUUUGUGAGAUACCAGACUAUGACUUCUUGGUCUUCCUUUAAAAGUGGUUUCAUGUUUCCUUAGGAUAAUCAUCUCCACUUGAAAAGUUGUUUCUGUGUAAAUGAUAUAAUUCCAAAAUGUACAUCUAACCUCAAUAGGAAGAUGAAAACAAAGUUCAAAGUAACCAGGAAAGGUUCGGUUCUGUUAAUAACCGAGCCCUGCCCUGUCAAACAUCUCAAUUUCAGUGACUAGUUCAACUCGCUCAGCUGUGAAGGCUUCUAGACUAGCUGUUCUUUGGAGUCAAAGAUCUACUAAACCUCUUACUCUGGGUGUGGACUGUUUCCUCUGUGUGGCAUGGCCCAGUACGUCCUAUAGACGCGCAGCAGGUGGCCGGAGCUGGAGAUGCUGGAGGUGCUGGCUGCUGUCAGCUCACACCUGCCUGGCCGAGUGGCAGGCCCUGUGCUAUUAAGACUCAAUACAACUUUAUCGGGCAAAAUGUGUUCUCAAUCCUUUGGUGCUGGCCCGGCAGGUGGCCCCUAAACAGUUUAUUCUAUGCACUGUCAAAUCUCUGCUCUUUGAAUAAAACCUCAAACAACUGGGCAAUAAAGAUGAUCGUGACUUGU